AUGUCAGCCACAUCAGAAUAUGAACCUACGGCCCGGCAAGAUUACGGGCCGGCCACCUCCAGUGAAAAUGUGUAUGAACAUUUAUUGGAUCACAAAUUAGCAGAUAAUAUGAAUGUAUCAAGUGUAAGGACUCCUGUGUUACGGGCUGUGCCCAUUUCUCCUACGGAGGGUGAUCCCGAACCCGACUCUACUAACCCUGAGAGCAUUAUUCAGGCUGUACAGAAUAAAAUAGAUAAAGAAGUAGAAUAUCACAUUGCAGAGAAGAGAUGUGAUACAGAUAUGUCUGUUGAUACCCUUUCUGGAAUUGUUAGAAUUGAGGAGACUACUCUAGAUAAUGUAGGACACAUUACCUACCCAAUAAUACAAGAAACGGAUGACUCCAAUGAUGGUAGCUAUGUAGAGAAUUCUGCAACUCUCAUCCAAGCCCCAUUAAAUACAGCAAUUGUUCAAAAUGUUACUAAAUUGCCACAGAAUUUCACAAUAAAUGUGGACACAGCAGCGGGAAACAUCACAGCUAUACAAAAUGUAUCCCAAGAUGUUUCAGGCAAUCAAACUUUAUGGCUGCCCACCACAAUCCUUGCAACCAGUGCCCCUACAGAUAGUAAAAGUGAUGAUGACCAGUCACAAAAUGGGGUGUCUCAGAUAAUAAUUACCAGUGAAAGUUAUGUUAAUGAUACCAAUCAAGUAGGUAGAAGAGCUAAUAUUGUCACAGAGACAAAUUAUGUGAAUCGUCCAAAAGCAUCCAAAGUUCAGAUAUUAAGUAAUAUAUCUAUUCCUAAAAACCCUACUUAUUCUCCACAAUACAUCACUCAGGGUAAAGAAAUAGCACCAUCUCAUUUCUACAAAUGGAGCACAAAUGUAGUUUCUCAGAAACAUUUGAAUAAUUCAGUGCUAUGUACAAAACCGCCAAAAAAUCAAACAUUAAAUCAAUCACUAAUUGGAUGUUCAUCCCUGGCCCCUAAUGUUAUAAACAACAGCCCAAUUAAAAAUGUUUCUUACAGUCAUACUUUUACUAAGGGCACAAAUUUAAAUAAAGCAUUAAAUAAGGUUAACAAUGGUGCUAACUUAAAUGCUAUUGUUGCUGCAUCUUCUGGCAACACACAGUGCCAUAUUCUAUCAAGAGUUGUUUCUGGUCCUAACAAACUGUCCGUUCAUUCAGGAAGAAAGUCUGUGAACGCAAUGAAAGGAUCAAAAAACUCGAAUCAAGUGUCAGGACAAAAGAACCAAUCCAGAGCUAUCAAAAUAAUACAGCAAACUGGUGCAGCUCAUAAAUCAGAAACUAAACCUUCUAAUGUUACUUACAAAAACCAAUCAACUCAACAAUCAGGAUUUAGUAGUACUGAUUCAAAAAUAAUACAGAAAGUUGGAAGUCCAACUGACAAGCCAAAUGUUCAACAGCAGCCUUUGUCUGUUCAAAAACUUCCUUCGAAGGGAGAGCGCUUAGUGCUCCAGUCACCUGUUGGGCCAGUGUUGAUCUCGACUGCUCCAAUAAGUACAAGUUUACCCAAAGGGCCCCAUUAUGUCCAAUCAGGAUCUACACCAAAUUUACGUUACGUCCAAACCUAUGGUCCCACAGACAAUCAGAUCUCCGCUGUAUCACAAAUUUCAGCUAAUCAACAGCUUACAGCUCAAAUAUUGCAGUCAUUGUCGCAGCCUAAGUUAAUGUUGCAGUCAGCUCCCAGCCCAGUUGUGACUACUGUUCUCACUACACCCACGAUAAAUAUGGAAGAAAUUAUAUCAAUAAAACCAACCAAUCAAAAGAGAAUUGUCUUUGGCGACAAAUCGACUUUACUGACCGCAGAUGAUAUAAUAGGUAUGGAGGAGAGACCAAAUUUAUCUGAAGAAUUGAGACGGUAUUCAUUCCAAACAUUGGCAUUCAUUAUGCUGGAUCAUACCUAUGCUCUUCCAGCACAGAAACAACCUUCGACCACUACUCCAAUUACUACAGUAUCUACUGCAACAACUACUAUUGCUUCUCCAACUCAAACCACUUCACCAAUUAGUCCCAUGAAGAGAAGUUCUCCAGUUAUAAUGUCCACAUCAACAUUGGAGUUACCAGUAACAGUGCCAACCAGCGUAAUAGCUCCUCCAACACCUGUGACCACCAUAAGUAAUGUACAGAUGGGAGCUAUAACAUACAAGCCACAGCCACAGCCGGCACAAGAUGAUGAUGCAGCCUCAGUAAUAUCAUCUCUGGAUGGCGAUAGGGCGCAAGCACCAAGAGGAGGUAGUGAUACGGAGACUGCACCUGAGGGUGAAGAAGAAGGCAAGACGAGAUGUAUUUGUGACUUCACCCAUGACGAUGGCUACAUGAUAUGUUGUGAUCGAUGUGGCGAGUGGCAACACGUCGACUGCAUGGGUAUUGAUCGGCAAAACAUACCAGACGCGUAUAUGUGUGAGUUGUGCUUGCCACGGCUUAUUGAUCGCCGUCACGCACGAGCUAUACAAUUAAGAAAACGAGAAGAACUAAGUGCUAUGGGGGCUUCGGACUCUGACUCAUCCGAAAGUAGCCGCCACCCUGGACAAAGAAGAAAGCGUUUGUUAACUGUUACUACUUACACAAAUACCAGUGGUUCAUUUGUAACCACGUACAAUUCAAACAUACCAGUAUUGCCACCGCUACCGCAGCCAUCAGUACCAUUACCAAAGCGUGGCCCUAAAAGACCCAAGAAAGCAGAAGUUGUGAGGAAGGGAACCAAACGAAAACUAUCAGAAAAGAGGGUUAAACGUAAGAAAGAAAUUAUGAUGAGUAGAAAUAAAUAUAAUACGAACUUAUCAAAUCAGUCACAUUGGCAAGAUUCAUAUGAACUUGCUAUGACUAAUCAUUAUAGCCCUGAAUUGCGUGCUAAAAUUGUUAAAUACAGUAGUAAAUUGGGUAACACACCAAACAUGGCAUCUGCAAUAACUGCUCAUUUGUGUACCACUGUACCUCAUGCCGGUGGAAAAAUCCUUAUUUCAACUAAAGAGUUGAAGGAGAAUACUCCUAUAAUUGAAUUGAGGGGAAAAUAUAUGCUGUCAAAUCAACAUCGGCCGCAAUUACAAAAUUCCGCCAGGGCAGGAAGUCAGAAGCCUGGUCCAUUUGUCUUCUUCUAUAGAUUACCCAAAGAUAACACCCAAAUAUGUAUUGACACAAGAACAUAUGGAAACGAAGCGAGAUUCGUACGCAGAUCUUGUAAGCCUAAUGCUGAACUUCAGCAUUGCAUUGUCAAAGGAGCAUUACAUGUUUAUUUGGUUACUAUUGGAGUUAUACAGUCUAACACAGAAAUUACUGUGGGACAUGACACAGAUGGUAGUAAACAGCCAUGCGCUUGUGGCAACCCCAAACAUUGUAAGGUGAAUGGUCUAAAUUCUAUGGUAUCAAGAAAAAGUGUUGACUAUCCUAGGGAGAAAAGAAGUAGAAAUCGAUGUUUCAGCUCAUCAUCUCCACUAUCACCGCCACCAGAGCCACCGCAACCGACUACUCCAAUCAAAGAAUUUACUCCGAGUACUCCGAGUUUGCCUGUCAAAGUUGAAAAGAAGUCACCUAUCAAACAGGAAUGUUCACCAAUGUCACCAAUAAAGGAAAAUAUUACACCCUACAAUUAUGAUCACCUGACAUUGCAGGACAUAAAACCUGAAAUAGACUUGCUUUCAAAAGAGGAAUUACAACCAGAAAUAGAUGAACCUGACUAUGCGCCAAUACCAGAAGAAAAGCCAAAGCUUGAGGCUCCAUCGCCAAUUAAACCUGAGCCUGAUCCAGAGCCAAUUAUUGAGGACAUAAAACCUACGAAAGUGGAAAACGAAGUUCUACCUGAAAAUGAUAAUUUGUUUUCUGAUGAAGAAAAAAUUGAGAAGGUAGAAGAGAAAUUUACUAUAAAAGAAGAUGAACCUAAAGAUGAGGUGAAACAAGAGAUUAAACAAGAAGACGACAGGCCAGCGACUCGAGAGUUUACCGCAAAGUCGGCUUGUCACGACAGGUCUUCAAGAUCUAGUAGAACAACCUGUGUCAAUCAGGAUUCUUUAGAUGACAAAACUGAUGACUCUCAAGAUAAAAUACAGACGGUUAAUAAAGAGAAAGAUAAAAGAAAAAUGACACGCGAGGAAAGAAAAAUGGAAGCGAUAAUGAAGGCAUUCGAAAGAAUGGAAAAAGCAGAACAGCGUAAACAAGAAGUAAAAGAGAGGCAGAAGAGGAGAGAGUCCGAUCCUCAUCCUAAUGCAACAGAGAAAGAAGACGACGAAGAUGUACAUAAUUCUUCCAAGAGACGUAGAAAACGCAAGGGUCGCGCGCGGACGACGUCGCAGUGCACCCGGCGGCGGCUGGACUCGGGCGACAGCGAGCUGGUCACGUCGCCCGACGAGGCGCACCACUCGCCCUCCCCGCCGCCCGCGCCCGCGCCGCGACACCUGCUGCCGCCGCACACACAGGAUCUGGGACUUAGCUCGGCUUGUUUAUUAGUAGAGGCGGCAGUUGGGUCGGUAGAGUCGACUUUCAAACUGCCCAAAACGAAAAAGACUAUCGCAACAGAAUGGAUAGGACGGUCCCCUGAACGGACGCCAUCCCCUUAUCGUUCUCCGUACCAACCUUCUUUAGUAGCGGCAACUUCGUUGGAAAGCCUCGUCCAAGUUGCGUCCACUAUGAUUGGUGAUUUGAGUGGAUCCCAAGACAUAGAUCACGAGGGAGAUAACGCUCAUUCCUCACCGCCUAGAACGCCUCUUAGAGACAGAAAUAAACCUCCGAAAAAAGCUAGAAGGAUUACCAGAAACACACCUCCAACAGAAGUAACUGAAGUGGCCCCAAUAAUAAUACCGCAGCACAGUGCCAAGAAGAGAUGGUUGCGACAGGCUAUUAGUGAAGAGAGUGACUCACCUUCUGCAGAUGUAUUUGUUUCAGAAUCCCCGCCUAAUGAAAUGAUAACCCCAUUAAAGAAGAGGAGGUUAGCGAGAGAAUCAUUGUCUUGCGACCAGAAUCCAAUUGUGCCUUGCAUUGGUGAAGUCUCGCCUGUUUUAACGUCAGAGGACUCUCCAGUAAAGGAUGAUCCGCAAACUGUUACUCGGCAAUACGCAGUACGAAACAUAAUGGAUAAUAUUUAUGGUAGGGACCGGACAAGGUCUGACAGCGGCCAAGGUUCAGACGAUCAGUGCAAUAUGGAUAACGAUGUUUUGAAUUUAAAUAUAGUUCCACAUGACACUGAAAAUAUAAGAAGGAUAAUUGGUGUGCCGCCUACCACUGAAGAGUACCGGUUGCUACCUGCGAUAACGAAACCAGAAGAUAUCAAAACCAAUAAUAACAAUGUUGAUGUUGAAGACACCAAUUACAACAAAGUCGUACCUAUGGACAUAGACACGACGGUGUCAGCUCAGCCUAAACUGGAAUCUAAUGAGAAUAGCAACAGUGAUAUUAAAGGUAUAGAUAGUCCAAAUGACAAAAUAAACAGUUGUCAAUCAGCGGACACUAGUGGCAACUCGUCUCCACAACGCGACGAAAUGGAUGAUAUACAGAAAAAAAUUCAUUCGUUCCAUACAGAGAACAUACAAAUACUAAAAAGUAGAAAUAAAAAGCCUAAAGAGAAACGGAAGAAGGUGAAUUUGAACUUUGAUCUCAACAUGGUGGAUGACCAAAUCAGUAUUCAGCUGCGUACAGAAAACGACACGGCGAUUAAUGGCGAUAUCCAUGAAGAUUUCAGCAACGUGUCACCUGAGAAUAUCCCAUUGCCAUCUGUAGAAUCUAUACCAUUGCCUUCGCCGAAAAAUAUACCUUUGCCAGAAGAUCCCAGUCCGUUGUCAUUGAUACCUCCACCAGAGGCUAUCCCACUGCCAGAAGAGCCAAUGACGCCAACGAAACCCAUCAGAGCGGCUUCGCCCAUUGAAAAAGCCGACGAGAAGCAUUCUAGUGACAGCGACAAAUCGUCGACACUGGAUAACACGACGUUACAAUUCUCUUCGCGUUUCAGUUCAACAGGACUAUUUUCUGGAAUUUUCAGCAAUAUGUACCAAAGUUUCAAUAAAGACAACCCCGUUAAUGAAAAUGUGCCGUCUAUAAUAAAGAGUGCAAUAGAUAAAACUACAAGUUUAGAUAAUAGUAUAGUGGAAAAAGACACGCUAGUGGACGAAUUUAAAAAUGUUCAUGAAAUAUUGAACCGUGUGAACAAUAUGGACUCUAAUAACAGUGUGAUAUUAUCGGGGGUGUUGAAGAGCUCGAACAAGUCGGACCUGUUGUCGCCCACUCCGAAGACGAGCAGCAAGCCCUACUGUCCGAGGAACAACGACCCUCGGCUCAACCCGCCGCCUGCUGAGAAACCGAAACCGGUCAGAAGGAAGCUCUCUAUCAGUGAGUACCGCAAGCGGCUCAAGGGGGCGCCCGGGGCCGAGCCGGCCGGCGGCGGCGGCGGCGGCGGCGGCGGCGAGGCGGACGCGGGCCCCGAGUGGUCGUCGGAGUCGUCGGCGGCCGCGUCGCUGUCGCCGCAGCGGCUGGACGUGGUCGCCGCGCAGGCCGCCGACGAGCUCGAGCAACGCCUGCACAGGGAACUCGCCUCGUCGCACACCUUGAAAGGUGUGUUCGAUGCUCAGCCAACGGCAUUGGAACUACAGCGGGAGAACUUGAGUUCUCGGUUGCGACGAGAGUUCGGGCUGGCGCUUCCGGACGACGAAGAGGCCCGCCCGCCCACGGACAACGAUGGCGCGGCUUCGAAGCGGUGCGACAGAUAGAGGCGGCCGGAGUCGCCCCUGUGCGCAUAUAAAUAAGACAUAUUUUUGUAAAUCUCACGUCGGCGCCGGCCCGUCGCCUGUAUUAUCAUAAAAUUAAUAUAACUUUUAUAUGACUCGUGUAAGGUGCGCUAGUGCGCGUUUGUAUAUUUCCGUUUCUUCUGUUUUUAAUUUUCACGGUUUCUCUGCAAGUACAAAUUGUUUUUAUUUCCCCCUUUGUACAUAUUGUAUAUAGGAGUUAAGGUAAAGCUAGGUAAACUACGCAGAUUAUAUGUAUGUAUAAUGGUAUAAAAGAUUUUUUAUAUAUGUACAAUGUUUAUGUAUCCUAUAUUUAUUUAUUAUAAUUGACCUAUCGGUAGUGCGUUUAGAUGCGUUAGAUAGGGACUUUUUGUACGCUAAUGUUUAAGUAAAUUAUAGUUGUUUUUAUUAUUUGUUUUACCUUUUGUAGCGUAUAUAGGGGGCCCGCGGGCUCGUCCUAGAGAUGUAGGUCUUGUUAGUGUUACAGAUUUCACAUGUACUAGAUGAUACGAAAUCGCAUUAGCCAUUUUAUAGGUUAAAUCUGUGUUAUGAGGGGCAUCCAUAACUUACGUCACACAUUAACGGAUUGGUGAGUGUUCGAAACAAUGUGACACAGUGGGACAAGGAUGGGAGGAGUUAUAAAUGUCGUGACGUCACAUUUCAAAGUCUACAUAU